UCAGAAUUUUAGCAUGUGGGAUGAGGAGACUCCAGGAGAUAAGUAAAACAUGAAGUAAAGAUGUGACUAAAGGAGGUUGGCAACACGGUGCUCUGGAGAGCGUCGGAGCCGUUCUGCAGCCUCAGCGCUGUUCAGUAUGUCUGUAGCAGCGCUGAGGUAAUACCUUACGCCACAUGCUCUCCCACACGCCACACGCCUGCCUUUAUCUACGUCAGUUGCAAGCACUGAGCCACCACCAUGAGCCUAAAGACUGGAUUACACUUACCAUCACUCUAAGUGCCUGAGGAAUAUCUCCCAUCGGUACCUGAAUUAUCGUGCAAUAACAUACUAAUGAAACAAUUUUAAAUAAGUCACCUUCCCCAGUCCAAAUAUUGAACGCUUACUAUAUACAUGAUAUUUCUGAUAAUAAAUACAUGUUUGACAUAAAUAACUUGAAGUACGUUAAGUUUGACACUUACGUUAUUUAUCGCAUGACGGUGAUGAUUUGAUAACGUGUUAUACACCCCAUACCCAUCAUGCGAGCCAGUCAAAAACAUUGCACGGUGAUGACAAGGCCUUGGCCACGAGCGAGGACAGAUCAACUGUGGCUCCACACAAGUUCAAGGGCAAGCGUGAGGGCAACCAUGGGUGAGCUUGUCCCUCUGUGUAUAACAUGGUGGACGCUGGUCCUAGUGGUAACUCUGGGAACUCACACGGACGCUGCUGGGGUGAGGUGCACCCCUUGCAACUCUACAGUGCAGGUGGACAGCAAGGUUCUGCCUACUGUGGGGUUCAUUUGCCCUGAAGGCUUCCCCGAGGCUCCCCUCUAUCACCCCUACACCUGUCUCAUCUUCUUCAAGCAACCCCACAACCUCACCUUCCACUUUCACAACUUCUACUCCGACCAUAUAUCUGUGUUGUUGUGCAGCAUGAACUACUACUACUUCCGGCCUGAGCUAGCUGGUUCAGAGGAACAACAAUGCUUCAGCAUGCAACGAGUGGUUCGCUUCAGUGAUGUUGACCACCCGGUCUUCCUCAAUAUCUCUACACUCCCACGAAGCUCCAGUUUACCACUUCACCAUCUCCUCCAGUACCAGCUCCUCCACCAGCACCACCAUCUCAACCAGCCUCACCUCCACCACGAUACGUACACAAAUGAACGUCGCGGAUUUAACCUGACCUACGAGAUGCGACAGCUGGGUGACCCCGAGCCAGCUGUGGAUGGCCUCGACAUGGCCCACCAGGAACACUGUAACUACAACGGCGUGCCCGUUCUCCACCAGCUGUCUCCCAGGAAGUUCCGGUUCAGCUGCGACUGUACAGAGGGCGCCACCGGCCGUCAGUGCCAGGUGGGAGGACUGUGUGCCAACGGUGACCCCCGUAGCUGGUGCAGUGACCACGGCGAGUGUAGGUACGUUGCUGGGGAGAGCAUCUGUGUGUGUGACCAGGGCUACCACGGUACACUCUGUCAGUACCACUACACCACCAUACCUUCUUCAGAUCAAACGUGUGGCAGACUCCUGCGGUGUCAACACAACUGUCACCUCAGAGUGGAGUGGCAGGUCAAGUUAGUCUUUUGUUCUUGUUCUGCUGGCUACGUCUCCAUCAACACCACCCACUGCGUGGCCCUAGAGGACUGGGACGUGACUGUGAGGCUGGAGAUGCCAGGAGAACCACUCAACACAGAAGAAGCCAUUAAUAAGACACUGGAGGUGGUGUCUACCAUCGGGGAAGUGGCGCAAGCCAGUAACAUCUCUGUCAAUACCAGAAAUAUAUCUACUACAAAAGCUGGAGUAGUAAGAGUGUGUUGUGGUCACAGGGCUGGAGUAGUGCAGGUGGAAGUUAGUGUGGUGGGGACGGAGGCAGCUCACCUCCUCACCUCUGACACACUGUGGCAGCGAGAGUUUGGUGCUGUGAAGGUGACAACCUCCCGCAUACCACGCCUCUCCGUCGGGGUAGGUCUAUUAAACCUGAUUACCUCUAUUAUCUCAGGUGCUUACGGAGGUUCGAACCUGAAGGUUCGCUGGUACAAGGAUGACACUCUGGUGUACAGCCACAGCGUCCACGCCUGCUGGUCUGAGGAAGGAACAUGGCGGGUGAAGGUGAUGGCUAAGAAAGGCAGCGCAGACCACGAGUGUACCAUCAUGAUGUGGAUCCUGCAGCCCCAGGUGGAGGACAGAGGUACCUACGUAUGCCAGGUGGCUGACCGGGGCUACCUGGACUCCCAGAUGGUGCGGGCAGGAAGUAAUCAGUCACUCCAGCUAGACAUUACUCGUGUAAUUACCGUCACUCAGGGUGAAGAUGUUGAGAUUGAGUGUACCACUAAGAACCGAGCAUGGGCCGACCCCCACCACUACACCGUCCACUGGCUGCUACACCCAGCCCACGCCUACACCCACACCAGCUCCACGCCCAUACAUAGGAGAGGCUUCACUCUCACCAUUUUUAACGUCACGAGGUCGGUGACAGUAACGUGCAUCAUGGUGGAGGAACAGGGUGUCAUGUGGACACCUGUGGAUGUGGACGGUGAGGUAGCGAACACCUCGGCUGUAGUACACGUGGUCACCUCCCCCGCCCUCGCCUGCCACAAUGACUUGCUUACGGUGUCACUUGGAGCCUCACCCCGGUCAGUUCACGAACGGGAUGAAGUACCGUGUCCGAAAGGUUACCAAGGCUCAGGAGCCACUCGUUACUGCCGUAUCCUGAGUGAACACCCGGACUCCUCUCCGUCAGUGUGGCAGGACCCUACCCUCACCACACCCUCAGGUUCCUCCCACUCACAACCUAGCUGGGACAUUCCCGAAUUUUCUGAGUGUAUCUAUCAGCCGCUCAAGUACACUACCACGCCGUUGUAUCUCUACACGCGAGGAUUCCGCUCCCUUCCUGAGGAUCUAGAGGGUCUAGCAAAGAAUAUUCUCAAGAUCCUGCAAGAGAGGGUCUCGCCCGUUCUUCCAGGUGAAGGAGCGAGCAUCGUUCAUAUCCUGGAAAUGUUGGGGCGACAGAACAGAUCAUUUCCCUUCAUACUUUCCUCAGUAUCCUCGAAACAGUGGUCAGUCAGAAGAAAACUCUAUCCUUCACUAGAAGCGGUGCCCCUGUUGAGUGUACGUGUGGAGGUCUCAUUUGACGACACACAAGCUCGGACGAUGACACUGAAAGAGUUGCAGCAGCGAGAGGAACAGGAGGAAGCAGCGCCGGUGGAAGUGAAGGGGCCGCAACAGCAACAGCAGUACAAACAACAGGUGUCGGUGGGGAUUGUGAUAUUUUUACGCCCCGAAAACUUCCCCUACCAUCAACGUGAGACACUCAGGGAGGCAACACGGGUGCCUGCCUGCGGUCUGGGAUGGCUGGAGGAGGGAACACUCAGCUGGGACCUGAGUCCCUGCUCCCUGCUAGAGUCAGGAGAGGGAAACAACAGCGAUCACCAGGAUAAUAGCACUAGUGGGGGCCGGUGUGUGUGUCUGUGCCGGGGAGAAGGCCUCUUCACUCUUCUGCUGGUUUCACCGACACUUCCAGAAAUAACACAUCAGAGAGAUAGUGGAGCCCAUGAAAGGCAAGGAGAGGCCAGUGUAGCUGGCAGCUGUGUGUUGUCUGCAGCUGUGACUGCUGUGUGUCUGCUGCUGCUGCUCCCCAGAGCUUCUCUCACCACCGUGCAGCUGCGUCUCCUCAAGUGCCUCGCUCUCACCCUCUUCAACCUCACCUUCGCCGUCUUCGUCGUGUGGAACACAUCACAGGUGGUUGUGGGUGUGAGAGCGGUCGGCAGCUCAUGUCUAGUUCUGUGUAUGGGUGUGGGCGUCAGUCAACAGAUGGCUCUCCACCAGCAUCUAGCAGUUACCACCCACACUACGCCCAUGUCGCCCACACACACAGUAACGUUCGCUGUCAUCGCCGUGUCGUGUACCGUCGGGCUGGCGGUGUGGGCGGCGGAGCAUUUGUACCAGUACCCACAAGGGUUGCCCUGGUUGCCCCUGGGUGACGCCUGGACACUGACGGCGGGCGUGCUGGGUUCCAUGAUGGCCGUGUUCCUCCUGUGGGUGGCGCUGGCGAGGCACAACCUGAAGCACCUGGCUCUCAUCAAGGCAGCUUCGCCCGACCACAGGAGCCUCACUCUCGUGUGUGGACGAGUGAAACAGCUGGCGAUGGUGGUAGCCGGUGAGUGGACCCUGGUCAGUGCCAGCCUCAUCCAGCACCACCACCUGGGUCGCUACUUCUUCUGCCUGGUCACCCUCACACAGAGCGUGGUGAUCCUGGUGAUGUACAUGUGUAGCAGCGAUGACGCCUCUGGUCUUCAUUGCUACUGUCCACUGACUCAUACUUCCCAACAAUCAUCUCAAGACGAACACGAAGAGUUCAAGAUUGAAGACGAAGACGGUCGGGGUAAAGGCUGCAUGGACGGGCUGCUGGGCUGCAGAAUUCCAUCUGUUAGGACCUACGAGAGUGUUCCCGAGGGAAGAUCUGGCCUUAAAGACUAUCUUUCUGAAUUUCGAGCUCGUGGGGGUUCCUUCUGGUCGCAGACGACAACUACGAUAAUCUCCCAAUAAUGGUGAGCUUUGCACUACCUAAAACUACGGGGUCCCUUCACCAUGUCUAGAUCUAGACCGCAAGCCCCCGCCUCCCCUGUACCCCGUGGUGGUAACGCGCGUCACCAUGGCGAACGUCCAAAGAACCUCUUCCUCUGGGGAACCAACUUAAUGUGUGGGGAAGAAACGACGAGUCCUCAGGACAUCCUCAAUCCUUCCACGAUGAUCUACGAGGAGAUGGAUGCUAGAAUGUUAGAAAAAAGGAGGAAUUUAUCAUUCAACGUCCAUCAUCCUGUUAUCCAUGAGCUUCCUAAAGUCAUGCAUCCAGGCAGCACUUUGAGGCCCGUCGCACAUCACUCACACUUAGACAGUAGCACUUCAAGUAAAUACUUAAACAUGUCAAUACCGAAGAAUAAAAACUUUUCCAAAGGAGCAAAUAUAAAAUCAACGAAACACAAUAAAAAUAUCAAAGCAAGAAGAUAUGUAAACCAGGAGACUGACAACCCAAGGUCCUCUGAAGUGAUUACUGAUGAAAUGCAUUGUGAGCCUAGCAAGAGUGAGCCUUGUUAUGCUAAUGUAGGGAUGACCAACACUUGCAGAAGCGAUUGUGUAGGGGUGAUGAACAUGUACAAAGAUGGUAAUGUAGGGGUGACAAGCACUUGCAACGAUGGUAGUGUAGGGGUAACAAGGAAUUGCAAUGAUGGUAGUGUAGAGGAGAUGAGCACUUGCAAAGAUAGUAGUGUAGGGAUGACGAGCACUUGCGAAGAUGGUAAUGUAGAGGUGACGAACACUUGCAAAGAUAAUAUUGGUCAGCGGAACACCAUCACCGACCAUGGCUACCUACCUAUGAACAUCAGAGAAAAAAUACAAAGGAAACAGACUCAGCACCUCAAGAAAAUUCACGAUAAUUCAACACUGCAGAAGCAUAAAGUCCAAACAGUGGUUAACACACUUAUGAAAUGGAGACAUGAUGUUUCUCAAGAAGAGCGAAUAUGCAAUCCUGUGCAUCUUGAACCACAAACCAAGAUGAUCCACUCAUGGCAAGGCUCACUCGCCAAGGGCGACGUAAGUGAUAAUCAAGAAAUUUCUACAUUCUUAGAUGGUCCCAAUGUAGGUCAAGAUAACCAGUCUCAAAAUGAAAGGGAACCAUCGGCAGCCAACAGCAAAACUGUAUAGAAGGUGGCGAGAAGCCAUCAGCAUUGUCCUACUCUCCUGAUCAGAAUGUUACUCUACCACAAUACUUAAUACGUCCACCUCAGCCACGCCCAUAUCUUGUGGUUGGGAGUGAGGUACUGACGACGAGGGUUCUUUCAGUAUGUGCACUGGUCACCAGAGUGGCGUUGGAACGUCAGAGUUUCAAGAUAAGUCCUGAAUUAAGACCAGGAAAUAUUCGUAAAUGUAAUUACGUUCGUCAUUAGAGUAGAUGAAUUAUCAACAGCAGUUUUUAAAACAUGAAUAAAGAUACUGUAUGUAUCUUUGUUAAACUCACUACCAGUGUUUAACACCUUUUAUUCGUGGGUUCCCUUCAAGCCUUCAAGAGGGAAAGGAUGAGGGGUGCUAUGUUGCUGAUGGAGUUCUCUUCAUCACAUGACUGGAGGUUGCUUGUGCUCUUAAAUCAAACCUGAUUACCUCCUAUUCUCCAAGCGUUGUCUGAUCCUUACGGUUUAAUUGGUUUCUCAAAAUAAUAAUAAUAAUAAUAAUAUAAUAACAAUAAUAAUAAUAAUAAUAUUCGAGAGGUUAUACGGAGUCAUUGAAAUUAUAGUCAGUACAUUACUUUUACUGCCCAACAAAAAUAUUGAGCAGUAAUGGUUGGCUUUCUUAAUCAGUUUAGGAAUUAUUACUAUACGACUUAGAAGUCUGCCACGUAUGUUUAACUGUAAGUAAUAUUAUUUGCUGUUCUUCUAUUAUAUAAGUUUGAUGAGAGAUCUCAAAAAGGCUUUGCCAUGUACUUAUAAAAUAUACUCCGGAAAUAUU